GCGCGGCCGGGGAUGCUGGAGCGGGCGCAAUGGCUCCCGCCAUGCAGUCUGCGGAACUCCAGUUCGCUCAGCGGUUGGCGUCCAGCGAGAAAGGCAUCCGCGACCGAGCGGUGAGAAAACUGAGGCAGUAUCUCAGCGUGAAGACGCAACGGGAGACAGGAGGUUUUAGUCAAGAGGAACUCCUAAAAAUAUGGAAAGGACUCUUCUACUGCAUGUGGGUGCAGGACGAGCCUCCUCUGCAGGAGGAGCUAGCAAACACUGUUUCCCAACUCAUCCAUGUUGUCAACAACUCAGAGGCUCAAUACCUGUUCAUUCAGACCUUUUGGCAAACGAUGAAUCGAGAAUGGAAAGGGAUAGACAAGCUGCACCUGGACAAAUACUAUAUGUUGAUCCGGCUGGUCCUGAGGCAAUCCUUUGAAGUUUUGAAGCGGAAUGGCUGGGAAGAAAGCCGAAUCCAGCUUUUUCUAGAUGUCCUGAUGAAGGAAAUCCUGUGUCCUGAGAGUCAGUCUCCUGAUGGAGUGAGAUUCCACUUCAUUGAUAUUUAUCUGGACGAGUUAUCCACAGUGGGAGGGAGAGAGCUUUUGGCAGAUCAGAACCUCAAGUUUAUUGACCCGUUCUGCAAAAUUGCUGCCAAGACUAAAGACCACACACUGGUGCAGACGAUAGCUAGGGGUGUCUUUGAAGUCAUCGUGGAUCAGUCUCCUUUUGUACCUGAAGAGACUGUGGGAGAGCAGGAAACAAAAGGGGGUGAGAAUGACCUUUCUGGAGCAGAGAUUCCUGCAGUCCAGGCCACGUGGAGAAAAGCUGUCAGUAGAAAGAAGAUAGCAUUAGGCAAAUGCUUGUCUGGGAGAGAUGGAGUCAGUGAUGAACCAGAAAGAGAUGGCUGUGCAACCUCCGAGGACACAGGGCCACUCCUCCAGUUUGACUAUAAAGCUGUUGCCGACCGACUCUUGGAAAUAACCAACAGGAAAAACACUCCUCCUUUCAACCGGAAGCGUCUCUGCAAACUGAUCAAGAAGUUCCAGGACCUCUCUGAAGCAGGCAAUAUAGCGCAACUCACUUUCACUGAGGACAUUUCUGUUGAAGAUGAUCAAGCCCUCAGUCAAGGAAGGCACAAGAGAAAAAGAAAGAAACUUUUAGAGAAAGCCGAGUUGGAAAAGAAGAAAGGAAACAAAAUCGAAGAAGAGGACAGUGAAGGUAGCACUCAGAAGAGAAAAAGGAAAAAGAAGAGAAUCCACUUCCAGUCUGAGAGUCAUGGCCCCAGGGAUGCUGAUGCAACUUUAGUACAGAGCAUGAACAGCAAGCCUGAGGCCACUCAGAGGCAGGCUUCCCAGGCACAUGUGGCUGAUGAGCCCAGAGCAGAGGCUGUGUCCAGCCCCCAGGAGGAGAGCAGCCAUGACAAUCCCCCUACCAUCCCCACGCACAGUAAGAGGAAGCGUCCAAAGAAGAGGAGCCUGAAGGCACACAGAGGACUCUGGAAAGCUUCAGUGUCACCUCUGGAGGAUCUGUCUCGGAAUGGCCCAAGCCAUGAGCAUCCUCAGGGGCCUGCUGCCAGGGGUUCCCUAACACAGGGUACUCAGGUCCUGAAAAGGAAGAGGAAACUUGGAGCGCUCCCUGUCAAUGGCACUGACCUGGCCCCACCAGCCUGGCCUUCUGCCCAGAAGGCAGGCCCUCCAACAAGCCCAGUAAAGGAAGAGGACAGCCAGACCACCCUGCCUCAGUUCAGGAAGCCACAGAAAAAAAAGGCAGAGCCCACCAACUUUGACCUCCAAAACCUGUCCAGUCAGAAAAUAGCAAUACUGAAAAAGAGGAAGAAAAUGAAAGAGAUGUCAAACUUGGUAGAGUACAAUGGAGCACUGGAGUUCAAAGUCAAGCAGAUUCCAGUUCUGGGAAGCAGCAAGACUUUCAGCCCCCUGAAGAAGAAACCACUGAGGACAGAGAAUGACUUUGUGAAGUUUGAUACCUCCUCCUUACCAAAGCCCCUGUUCUUCAGAAAAAUGAAGAGCAGCACUGCCACCUGCCCUCCGGGUCCUGCCGUCCAGCUGAAUAAAACACCCUCCAGCUCCAAAAAAGUCACCUUUGGUCUCAACAGAAACAUGACUACAGAAUUUAAGAAGACAGACAAGAGUAUCCUGGUCAGUCCCACGGGUCCCUCUCGGGUGGCCUUCGACCCUGAACAGAGACCUCUCCAUGGAGUGUUGAAGACCCCCACCAAUUCACCUGCCAGCACUCCUCUAGUCACCAAUUUACCUGCCAGCACUCCCCUAGUCACCAGGAUGCCACUAGCUGCCACCCCAAAGAGAAGACCCAGGGCUGCGGACUUCUUCUGAGAGUGGCAGGGCUCCUUUUUAGAAACUUUUUUUGUACAAAAUAUUCUAUAAAUUAUAACUUUAAAGAUGUGGACUUUUUACUGUUUUCUAAACCCCGCAAACUGUGUACAAGGUUCUCAAGCUCAGCUGCUGCUUCCCUGUCCAUCUGCAGACUGAGUUCGUGGCUCAGUCUCGGCUACAGAUGUGCUUGAGUUCUCCCCAGAAGGAUUCUGGUGCUGUGGGCCCCUGGAGCCACCUCCCUGACCAGCUUCUGCUCUGCAGAACCUUAGCACCUGUCACAUCUACCCCACUGGCUUUCUCUGGUUAUUUUUUAGUCUCACAGCAUUUUGUUUAGAAAGCAUGUAGGCUUCAUUCCAAUGUUGGUAUAUGACAGUUUUCUGAUAGGGAUGGUUUUUGAAACUGAGUCAGCAAUACCAUAUCUUUUCUAUGUGUAAUCAGUCAAGGACAAUGCAGGUGUGGGGUGGGGAAGACGAUGCUCUGUCCUCAGGGCUUUUCUCUUGCCUGUUUCUGUCCCUGUUUUUCUACCUCUUACAGCAAGCCCAGCAUGUCUUCACAGGGCCAGCACUUCUGGGGCUUCCCAGGCCGUGGGCAUGAGUUGUACAUUAACAUGUGAACCCAGAACUUGUGUCAAUGUCCCCAAAGUCAUUGUCCCACCUCAGGUUAGCACAUCUCUCUCAAGAUGUGUGUCCCAGCUGUGUCUGGAGCCUAGGCUCUCUCCACAGCAAGUAACCCUCCACAAGUGUGCACAUGUGUUUGCUCACACUGCCUGUUGCCUGAAACACAGACACUUGCACUCGCAGAUGUUUAUAUGGCUCUUCUAACUUAAGUUAGUUAAAAAACCCAGGGAAGAAGGGACUCAGACUUCAGUUGGGAAAAUAAGUCACCCCUUAAAGCAGAGCUUGCUAUGUAAUUGACUUAAGAAACUGCCUUGAACCCAAGAGACAGAAAAGGUGUAGACCCAGAAUCAAGUGCCACUCAAGGAUAGUCGGGAAGCCAGACUUUCCGAUUUCUGCAAUUAGGAGUUGUAGGUAUAAAGAAGCCAUCAGUGUAUAGUGCUGCCAGCCGGCCCCUCUCUGCUCAAGAGCCUCCAACUCCUUGUCACCCCUCCCCCACCACACAUAAAAGCUGGGCAAUUUGGUUCUGCUACAGAAUUAAGGGCAGGACUUCAUCUGUCCUUGGGGGUUAAAUAGCAUUAGGCCCCUUGGCUUCUUGGUGAAGGCACUUCGUCAUCAUCAGGCCAUGAAAAAAGAAAAUUACCAUUGUGCUAUUGAGAGGUUGUGGUGAGAAGUCAUACAGCACAACCACUGUGAUUGAAUGGGUGCAGGAUGCUGAGUCUUACAAAGGCAUGUUUAAAAUCAAAACCCAUACUAAAAGGUUAGGUUUAAAGAACCAUUUUCAACUUUUUCAACAGUUUUUAUUUCAGCUUCAAAGAGGGUCAUAACCAAAUGAGGACAAUGUUGAAUUGUCUUAGCCAAACACCAGGGUAGUAGUGGCUUGCUUGUUCUGAAGACGGAAGGAAGAACUCCCUCAUGGUGUUUCCAUAUGACCUGCCUGUCUGAGGGACAGUGAAUAUCCUAUUAGUGCACAUCCUGCCAUGGUCACUCCAGGAGCUUGUGUCUAUCAAGGAGUGGCAGUGUGUGCACUUUCAAUUCUCUUUGCCCUCCAAAUCUAUCUGGUUUACUCAGUAUUUUUUGUUGUUAUUUUGUUUGUUUUUCUAAGACAGGGCUCCCUGUGUGGCCCAGGCUAGCCUUUCCUCGAGUUUGCGACUCUCCUGCCUCAG